GCGAAACCAGAAUGCAGAAGCAUAAGCAGGAAUUCGAGAUGAUACGAAUUGUUCUGUUACUAGUUGCGGCAUACCUUCCACUAAACUACUGCAAGAUAGAAAUUGAAAUGCAGCGAUUCGAGCAACUUGGUGCGACAAGUUUAAUUGAUGCUACCAACCUGCGCAUUCGGAAGUACAACCGAACAUCUCCGGUGCUUAAUGGAACAAUAUUGAUACACAAGGAUCUGAACAACUUCUAUGAGGGUUCGAUGAAAGUUUUCUACAGUCGCCUUGGCAACAAUCAGUUCAACGAGUACCCGCUGAAAUGGUCGCCCAAACCAUUCUGUCACAUGUUGAACGAUUCCUACCGUGACCUUCAGCAUAUCUUUCUAAACCAUUCCAAUUUUCCCCAAGUGUCGGACGAAGGUCUCUGUCCAUUUCCGCAGGGAACAUACUGGUUCAACAAUGCCAUGUUUCCAACCGAGUUUAUACCACAGAUUGUGCAAAAUGGUUACUGGAGGAUGAGUAUCAUGGUCAACGAUGAUGUUCAUUUGAACCUAUACACGUAUGUGAAGAACACGUUGACUUAAGUUGGUAUCCAGGGGUGACAUUGCGCAUCUCGAAACGAAAGGUUUAUUGUAUGCAAGCUUGUACGAAAAAGUCGAUUCGAAAUGGUUCCAUAAUGUCGCCCCAGGACGAAAAAAAGUAUUUGGGUAAAAUGAGGGGUAAUAUACAAAACAGGACAACCGUUACAUUGUGCAUGUCAAAUCAUUGAUGAUUCUAAUAUAUGUUUUUGCUUCAACAACAUCAGAAAUUACAUGUAAAACAGAAACAAAGUCCAAUUCCAAAGAUCCAUUAAA